GCGUAUAAGCCUCUUCUGCGCUCGCUCUCUCCACCUCUCUCCUCUUUCUCUCUCGCUCCCUUCCUCUCUGCAACUGAACAGUGAAAAUUCACAUUGUGGAUCCGCUAACAGGCACAGAUGUCAUGUGAAAACGCACAUGCUCUGCCAUCCAUGCCGCCUUUCUUUCUUUUCUGUUUCCUUUUUUUCCCCCUUGAUAAUUCUCCCUCUUCUUUGUAACUAACAAAACCACCACCAACUCCUCCUCCUGCCGCUGCCCUUCUCCUCCUCCUCAGUCUAAGUGAUCACAAAAGAAAUCUCCGAGCCCGAGGCGGUGGCAUUUUUUUUUUAAGCAAGCACAUUGGAGAGAAAGAAAAAAGAAACAAACAAACAAACAAAAGCAAAACAAAACCCAGGCACCAGCCAGCUAGGACAUUUUUUUUUCACCCUGCCUGAAAACAAACAAACAGUCAUCAGCAACAGCAUCAAAACUGUUAGCAUAGCGGCGGCGGCCACCGUCACCCUGUGGCCACGACAUCUGCCUAAAGGGAUGCUUCUCUCAGCGGAGCAGCUCUUCGCCGACCGCCUUCUUCCCUCGUGCUGAGCGGGAUUUUUGGGUUCUCUGGGGUUCGGGCUGGGAGCUUCAUGACUACGCGGAGCAGGACAGCGGCCACAUCAUGCGAGCACAAAUUGAAGUGAUACCAUGCAAAAUUUGUGGUGAUAAAUCCUCCGGGAUCCACUACGGAGUCAUCACGUGUGAAGGCUGCAAGGGAUUCUUCAGGAGGAGCCAGCAGAACAAUGCCUCUUACUCCUGCCCAAGGCAGAGAAACUGUUUAAUUGACAGAACCAACAGGAACCGUUGCCAACACUGCCGCCUGCAGAAGUGUCUUGCCCUAGGAAUGUCAAGAGAUGCUGUAAAGUUCGGGAGGAUGUCCAAGAAGCAGCGGGACAGCCUGUACGCUGAGGUGCAGAAGCAUCAGCAGAGGCUGCAGGAGCAGCGGCAGCAGCAGAGCGGGGAGGCAGAGGCCCUCGCCAGGGUGUACAGCAGCAGCAUUAGCAACGGCCUCAGUAACCUGAACACCGAGACCGGCAGCACAUACGCCAACGGGCACGUCAUUGACCUGCCCAAGUCCGAAGGUUAUUACAACAUAGAUUCCGGUCAGCCGUCUCCCGAUCAGUCAGGACUGGACAUGACUGGAAUCAAACAGAUAAAGCAAGAACCUAUCUAUGACCUCACAUCCGUACCCAACUUGUUUACCUAUAGCUCUUUCAACAACGGGCAGUUAGCUCCCGGGAUAACAAUGUCUGAGAUCGAUCGAAUUGCACAGAACAUCAUUAAGUCCCAUUUGGAGACAUGUCAGUACACAAUGGAAGAGCUACAUCAGUUGGCAUGGCAGACCCACACCUACGAGGAAAUAAAGGCAUAUCAAAGCAAGUCCAGGGAGGCUCUGUGGCAGCAAUGUGCCAUCCAGAUCACCCACGCCAUCCAGUACGUGGUGGAGUUCGCAAAGCGGAUAACAGGCUUCAUGGAGCUGUGUCAGAACGAUCAGAUCUUACUUCUGAAGUCAGGUUGCUUGGAAGUGGUUUUAGUGAGAAUGUGCCGUGCCUUCAAUCCAUUAAACAACACUGUUCUGUUUGAAGGAAAAUAUGGAGGAAUGCAAAUGUUCAAAGCCUUAGGUUCUGAUGACCUAGUGAAUGAAGCAUUUGACUUUGCAAAGAAUCUGUGUUCCUUGCAGCUGACUGAGGAGGAGAUUGCUCUGUUCUCCUCUGCUGUUCUGAUAUCCCCAGACCGAGCCUGGCUGAUAGAACCAAGAAAAGUCCAGAAGCUUCAGGAAAAAAUUUAUUUUGCACUUCAACAUGUGAUUCAGAAGAAUCACCUGGAUGAUGAGACCCUGGCAAAGUUAAUAGCCAAGAUACCAACUAUCACAGCAGUCUGCAACUUGCAUGGGGAGAAGCUGCAGGUAUUUAAGCAGUCUCAUCCAGACAUAGUGAAUACACUGUUUCCUCCACUGUACAAGGAGCUCUUUAAUCCUGACUGUGCUGCGGUCUGCAAAUGAAGGGGACGAGAACUCUCAGAGGCAUGGAAUGCAUCGCCGUUAAGACAAAAGCAAUGUGUUCAUGGGGACUUAAGGAAAAUGUCACUACUGCAACAUUAGGAAUGUCCUGCACUUAAUAGAAAUAUUUUUCACCGCUACAGUUUGAAGAAUGUAAAUAUGCACCUGAGUGGGGCUCUUUUGUUUGUUUGUUUGUUUUUGAAAUGAUCAUAAAUAUACAAAUAUAGGACACUGGGUGUUAUCUUUUUUAAUUUUAUUCGGGUAUGUUUUGGAGACAACUGUUUAUAGAAUUUUAUUGUAGAUAUAUACAAGAACAGAGCCGUAAUUUACAUGAUUACUUUUCCUGUUGAUUGUACAACUAUAAUUUAAGAAAAUUCCACUUACUAGGCUUACCUAUUUCUAUGUUUUUAGAUAGUUGAUGCAUGUGGAAAUUUGUAACUGUCCUGGAAAGUACUGUGCAUGUAUGUAAUGAAUAUAUAAUAUGUAAGAGUAUUAUAUAUGACUAUUACGUAUUCAUGCACUGUGGCUUAAAAUACCAUGCCCACUAGCAAUGGAAGUUCAGACAGGCUCGCUCAUGUAAUUUGCUUUCUGUUAUAUGUUACUUUUAUGUUAGACAAUCAGGGUUUUUAUUUUUAGCCAGAGUUUUCAUCCAUACAUAAUAACAUGAUAGGACCCAUUCAGAAGAAAGUCUACAAAGGAAUUGGGGUAACACACAACUGUUGUUUAUAAAGUUCCAUGUCUAUCAAUGACUUGAAAGUCCCAUCAAGAUGGCACAUACUAGGGGUGGGGGAAGGAUUUGAAGCCAUUUUCCUGUUUUACAGACCAGAUAAAGAUAUUGCCUAUUUAUUACCAGAAUACAAAAUAUUAGGGUUCCCCAACUUUGGAUUUGUAUUUCAAAUUCUGAAGGAAACUUGACUUUGGUUAUCAUAUUUUCUUCAAAACAACAAAAAAUUCAAUCUAUAGAUUAUGACCACCAUCAAUGUUUUUAGAAAUAUUUGACUAGAAGUAUAAGACAAGGUGCCUGAACCAUUUAGUGUAAACAUUUUCUAACCAUUUUUUUCCAAAGAAUGGAGAGAAAUAGAGCAUACAAAGUAAAGAAGUAAAUUCAUUAAAUUAUACUCACGAUCAUUGGUUAGAAAGGAGAAAACAGGCGAGAACCUGGGGCCUCUAAUUUUUUUCAGCUUCAAAAUGCUGUAUUAUAAAAAUAUAGUAAAAAAAACUUCAAAUUAGAAAAAAUAAAUCUUUUGUCUAUGGGACUGAUAUAUCCCAAUGCCAAAAUUAUUUCCUGCACAAUUUUAAAUGACGUCCUCUAUUCAAACUGGUUAUUUUUUAGCCACUAAAAAGUAUGGAAUGGAACAAUAACCUAUACAGGUUCUUCACUUACUCUCGUACAAAAUUAAACACCAGAAAAGCACAAGCUAAAAGCUAUUUGUUCCCCCUGUUCCUGGAAGGUCUAGGUCUUUAGUAUGAACUAAUCUAACCCACACACAUGCACAAACCUGCACACACACACACACAUACACACACACUCUUCCACACCUGCUUUGUAGAUCUCCAUCAGUAGAAACUUAGGGUUUCUGUUUUUUAGUUUUCCGAUUUUUGUUUUGUUUUGUGGGGUUUUUUUUGGGGGGAGGGGUUAGUCCCUUAUGCUCUCUUGAAGUUCUUGAUUGAGAGUCAUCUUCAGGAUGCCUCAGUACUUCGGUGGACGAUCAGAACAGUAGUGUUACUCUUUCCUUUCAGAAAGCAGGGGCUUUUCUCACUACAUGAUUGAUGAAUUCCAAGCCAUUGGGGGGAAACAAAAAGGCUUUAAAAUAAUGAAUCUCUUUUUCAACCACUGUUAUAUUCAAUUAAUUUAACUACAUUGAACCAAAUUACCUUUGGUACUGAGAAGACAGCUGUAGACUGCUUCUUAUGCUGCUACAGGGACUCAGUUCUUUUUGGUGUAAAUGUCACUCCUGCUAGCUCUUUGUAUAAAGAAUUAAUUCCAAGAGUCAUAUUUCCUUCUAAUGGAAAGAUUACUUUACUGAUUGCUAGGAAAACAGGGUAAUGGAAGGCACUCAAUUAAGCCAAGCAGCUUCCAAAUGCGAUAUAUGUUUUAUGAUUGGCUUGUGAUAGGCAAUGCUUACUGUGUCUACUUGAUGUUCCCCUUUGAGCUUUGAACUCAUGUCAAACUUUGUUUUCAUUGUUCUGUUGGCCCAGUGUUACCCAUUGUCAGCCUGAAGAUCCCACUGGGCUGCAAAGGGGAUCAUUUGUUGCCUUCAGUUUACCUUGGAGGAUUUACAUCGGCUCAAUUGAUGAAGUAGCUGAGAAUUUUUUCCUCCCUUGUCCCAUGGGUAGUGUAGGAAAGAGAUUGUUCCCCACAUUUGCCUCAGGAGAUACUGGUUUUGAAAUUGUGCCAUUUCUACUAGCCCUAGCAUUUCACUGGGACAGCAUGAACCUUUUGAAGCAGAGGGACAGGAAGCAGAGCUGGGAACUGAACCAGAACCAAACAGUGGUAACCAGUAUUGGCUCAGCCCACUUUCCAUCCAGAGGAGAGAGCUCCAGUUUUGCCUUCAGUCACCAAGUUUUCCCUUUAAAGAGAAUCAAGUUUUUAAUGGUAAGGAAGCCUUUAAACACUGCCCUUUGAACAUCUCCGUUAACUACAUGAGAUUUCAGUAAGAAAAACUCUCUUUACCACACAGUCUCAGCAAACUGUUCCUUUUCCUGAGAACAGGCCAAUGUUCAGAAUGUGCUAGGAUGAGGUGCAUACUGGAAGAAGGAACUGAGCUCCGUAGUCUCCUUUAAACCUCAAGGAUGACAAUCACUGCUUGAUGCAGAUGUUGCACUGAAUCUGCUCAGGGAUGCUUCAUUUUUUAAAAAAAAAUGCAUCGAGGAGGGGGAGGGGCAAAACAGGAAGCUGAGAACAAAAUGUAAAUGGCAUAGAUUGAACAUGCCAGUGAGAGACCCUUCCUGACAGGCUUCAGAGUGGCUACAGUGGCUUAAGG